UAGCAAUUGCCCGAGCUCUGGUUCGCAAUCCCAAAAUUCUUCUGCUUGAUGAGGCAACAUCAGCUUUGGAUACUGAGAGUGAAUCAGUUGUGCAGGCAGCACUGGACAAGGCAAGGGAAGGACGCACCACGGUUGUAGUAGCUCAUCGACUGUCAACAGUCCGAAAUGCAGAUCUUAUAGCUGUGUUCGAAGGUGGAGUUAUCACAGAACAAGGGAAUCAUUUUAAAUUGCUUGAGAGAAAGGGAAUCUACUACAAACUUGUUAACAUGCAGGCAAUAGAAGCUGAAGUUCCAUCAUCAGAAAAAGAUGAGAAUGCACUUAGUGUCAAAAAAAGUGAAUCUGACCCAGAAUUUAAAGAAUCCUUAACAAAAGGAUUGAGGAGACGAUCAACUCGGGGAAGCAUGAAAAAGCCAGGAGCACAAAAUGGUGAUCCUGAUGAGAAAACGAGUUCACUUGAUGAAGAAUUACCUCCAGCUUCAUUUCUGAAAAUUCUGAAGUUGAACAAAACUGAAUGGCCAUACUUUGUAGCUGGAACUUUAUGUGCAAUUAUCAAUGGAGCUUUACAACCUGCAUUUGCAAUCAUAUUUUCAGAAAUUAUAGGGGUUUUUUCGGAAUCUGACAAGACCAUUUUAAGAGAAAAGAGCAACUUAUUUUCAGUGUUGUUUUUAGUACUUGGGAUCAUUUACUUUUUUACAUUCUUUUUUCAGGGUUUCACAUUUGGCAAAGCUGGAGAAAUUCUUACAAUGAGGCUUCGAUUCAUGGCAUUUAAAGCAAUGCUUAGACAGGACAUGAGCUGGUUUGAUAAUUCUAGGAAUAGCACUGGAGCAUUAACUACAAGACUGGCUAAUGAUGCCUCACAAGUGAAAGGAGCAACUGGUGUCAGACUGGCAUUAAUUGCCCAAAACAUAGCUAACCUGGGAACUGGAAUUAUUAUAUCAUUAAUAUAUGGCUGGCAGCUGACCCUGCUACUUUUAGCUGUUGUGCCAAUCAUUGCAGUGGCAGGAAUGAUUGAAAUAAAGAUGUUGGCUGGGCAUGCUAAAAAAGAUAAAGAAGAUUUGGAAGCUGCGGGAAAGGUGACUCCAGAGAAUUUUAUCUAUUUCUGU